AUGACGCGACUUGGUAUUGAUGAACAGCAAAUUCGCACCACAAGAUGCUCGGCACCAGGGCCAUGUCAAUGGACACAGGCCCGCCGUCGUCUGUACGUGCACACCAGCCCGAUGCUGGCUGGCAUCACCGCAGAGCCGCCAUCGUCACUCCCUUCUCCUCCCGAAAGCGACCCUUCCCGAACUCGCGCGCCAUCCCUUGGCCUGCUACAAAACAGACUUCGCAGGUUCAGUAUCCGUUCUUCUCGAUCGUCGAGAUCCGAUAGCAGCAUUCAAACCCUCUCUGCUGCGGACAUUAAAGGAGCCCUCGGCCUGAACCUGCUCCAUGAGCCUUCAGAGCCAGCCAUAGACUUCGUCUUUAUUCAUGGGCUGGGAGGAGGGUCGAGGAAAACAUGGAGUCAUUCGGCGGAGGCCGGUAUGUUUUGGCCCAAAGACUGGCUCCCAAAUGAGGUUGGCUUCAAGCACGUGCGUAUCCAUAGCUAUGGUUACAACUCAGACUGGACGACAAGGAAGGAUAGUCGCUUGACCGUUCACGAUUUUGGACAAGCGUUGCUUGCCGAUCUCUACAACUCUCCCUGCCUCCGCAAGAACGGCAAUACACCCAUCGUAUUCGUAGCUCAUAGUAUGGGCGGCUUGGUGGCCAAGAAGACAUAUCUCAUAGCUACGCGCGACCCAACUUACGAAGCUAUCGGGCAGAGAAUCCACACCAUGUUCUUUCUGGGUACGCCUCAUCGGGGGGCUGAUUCAGCAAACUUUGCGAGAUUGGUCCGCCAGUCAGCAGGGUACGGACCCAAGGCGUUCCUCGACGACUUGAUACCUGGCAGCGGAACACUCCAGCAAAUCAACGACGAAUUCCGACACGUGUGCCAUAAGCUCAAUUUGUGGUCUUUUUCUGAGAGUUUGCCGAUGAGCUUUGGCCCCACGUCGUCCUUGGUCGUGGAAAAGCAGUCUGCCAUUCUCGGCAUGCCCAAAGAACAUGUUCAGUAUAUCGAGGCAGAUCACCGGCAAAUCUGCAAGUUUGACACGCCUGUCAACCCGAACUACUUAAUCUUGCAACGAGCAUUUCUCACCACGAUCGAGGAGAUGGGAGCUAGCAAGAAGCAGCACUACGGGUCUUGUACGUGGUUGACGGAAGACGAGACAUUCGAAGAAUGGGUAGACGGUCCCGAAGUAACCUGGGAUGGCACGAGCCCGUUAUCGGACACUCCGAAAGAGCUGACGCCAAAGAUAUUGUGGCUCAAUGGCCGCCCGGGGACAGGGAAAACGGUUGCCGCUGGUCAUGUCAUCCGAUACCUGCAAUCUUGCAACCUCGAUUGUAGCUUCUAUUUCUUCAAGCAUGAGGAUAAGACCCCCUCCACUCUGGCCUUCCUUCUUCGGUCCCUGGCAUUCCAAAUGGCUGACGCCAACUUCGAGGUCCGACGGGCUCUGGUUGCGAUGGCCGAGGACGACAUUACCAUCAAGCAUGAUGAUCAUCACAUGCUCUGGACUAGCCUUUUCGUGGAACGUAUCUUCAAAGUAGAGCACCCAAGACCCCAGUUCUGGGUCAUAGAUGCGAUUGAUGAAUGCUCCUCCAAAGGGCUACCAGCUUUAGUUUCCAUGCUAUCCAGCAUGGACCAGCGAUUUCCCGCCCGCAUCAUGAUAACCAGUAGACCUGGCGGUCAGGUUGGUCGAUACCUCACGCUGGAGCGCACCGAGUUCGUGGAAAUAUUCACUGGCGAGGAAGGUUCUCUGAAAGAUAUUGAACUAUUCCUUAACGCUAGAUUCCUUCACACAGGCGACGCCGAGCAAUUUCGAGGCAUGCAGAAUCUUGUCGCUGACGUGCUUGCCAAAUCAGAUGGCAGUUUCUUGUGGGCGUCGCUCACCAUAGCCAAUCUGGAGAACGCCUACAGUAUAGAAGACAAGCAAGAUAUUUUACGACAAAUUCCACCCGAGAUGGACAAGCUUUACUCCCGGAUGCUUGUUGUGAUUUCCGCGUCACCCAGCGCCGAGCUGGCCAAAUGCGUGUUGAAGUGGACUAUCUGCUCGCCAAAGCCACUUCACAUUAGAGAGCUAGCCGAGGCAGUUAAGCUUGAUAUUGGAAAGACGUUGACGGCCAACGGAAGAGAACUCGAGAAUAUGACAGGACACCUUGUUGUCGUGGACAGUCAGUCCUACAUCCGGAUCGCACAUCAGACGACAUCAGCUUUCUUGAGCCAGCAAAGAGAAGAUGGUUUUUGGAUUGACCGUGUAGCUUCACACUCCAUAAUUGCCGAAAUCUGCCUCAAUCUUCUCUGCAGUGCCGACUUUGCGCCACCGAGAACGCGUCGAGCAAAUGCCACGGCCAAGAUAAAUCCUACUUCACCUCUAUCCGAGUAUGCCGCACUUAACUUCUCUUACCAUCUUAUUCAAGGUUCUUCGGCGACAGACUCUCUACUCAUCCUUCUGAACAAGUUCUUUAGGACCAAUGUCUUGACGUGGAUUGAAAGGACGGCUAUAGCUGGGAACCUGUGGACACUACCGCUUACUGCACAGAGGCUUAAGACGUAUUUAGGCCGCCGAGCCAAAUACCAGUCUCCCGUCAGUGUGGAAUCACAGACUAUUGCAACAUGGGCAAACGAUAUCUACCAUAUCCUCGCUGCCUUCCAUUCUAUCCUUCUAGCCUCACCAUCUUCGAUUCACUUCCUUGUCCCACACUUCUGCCCACCAAAAUCGAUGAUUGGACAGCUCUUCGCAAAGCCUUCCAGGCGACUAAGGAUUUCAGGCCCGAUUGAUGAAGAUUGGAACGACAGGUUGACCGGAUAUUUGUUCCCAGAAGAUGCUUGCGCAAUAGCAUGUAGUCCACGUCUCCUGGCCGUUGGCCUCUCUAGUGGAGACAUCAAACUUUACAAUCUUUCUGGGUCUGGCACAUUCGAUGCAGCUGCUACCCUGGAGCAUGGAAAGAGGGUGCGUCACCUCUCUUUCAAUCGAAGCUCGUCACUGUUAGCCUCUUGUAGUGCUCGAAAGUUGCAACUAUGGGAAACUCGUGGGUCUCAGGGGACCAUUCAGUUAUCACCUAUUUGGUCAAAGAACAUUGACUUUACGCCAGAGUCAAUAUCAUUUGACCCUGAAGAACAAUCGAUCAUCCUGGCCAAUCCUCAGGGCAGUUUUCUAGCUUUCUACGGUAUUAAGGAUGGCGAAAGGGCGGAGAACAUACUUCUUCACGCGCCCCCAGACUCGGAUUCGUCAGACGAAAGCGACAAACAGGUGGCUUCGUGGACGCCAGCUGUGCAGAUACGACUUGACUCGGAUCACAAACUUGCUGCACUGGCUUACCGAAAUGCGUCUGUUUCUAUCUGGGAUUUAACUGCCACUGAGAGCCUCGGCAAUUUUGAGAAGGAGGGUUUCGAGCACGUCUACGCUACCCCCCAAACCCUGGACAUGGUUUUCAACCCGAUUGCCGAGCUCGAAUUACUGGCAGUAUCGUACAAGGACGGCGAUGUUGUAACUUGCAACCCCUGGACGCAAGAACAGACGAACAAGUAUCAUCUCCCAACGUCGCUGUCUGUUUUAUCUGCCACCUCGGAUGGUAGGAUUCUCGCAGGUGCCGCAGAGGAUGGAGGUAUAUAUCUCUUUCUCUUCGAGACUUUGCAGCCGAUCUAUCAGAUUGAGAGGCCUGACGAUCAACUGAGGAUUUAUGACAUUGUAUUUUCCACUGAUAACCUGAGAUUCUUCGACAUUCGAGGGCAAAGCUGCAACGUUUGGGAGCCAUUCAUCUUGGUUCCCAAAGAUGGGUCCGAUGACAGUUCUUCGGAGCCAUUCAGUGAAGAAAUCCCCCUUCCUGAGGCGACAGCAUCCCACGCACACGUUUUUCAGUGGGGAGAAGCCAUAACCGCUAUCGAGCCAGCCGACGAUAGGUUUUUGCUUAUCGGGCGCCAGGAUGGCACGAUUGACGUAAGUGAGCUGAACACCGGCGAUGUCGUCGAGAAACUUCGAGUCCACGAUGCAUUCACAGAAAUCAAGUCACUGGACUGGAAUGUCGAUAAUAGCACGCUUCUCAGUGUCGACACCACUGGACGUCAUAUCCUUACAAAGAUCGCAUCUUUGGGAAGAGCGUCUCGGGCGCGUACUACCUGCUUACUCGACCGCCGAAGCGAUGGUAAUAUCUCUCAAGUCAUCCUGAGUUCAAGUGCCGAAUCAUUGCUCGUUUGCACUGAUGCCGAUACAAAAUUGAUCAAUUUUAACGGAAUUGUGAUGGGAGAAGAGAGGAAUCUCAAUAGAGCGUGGUGGGUCAAGCAUCCGUCAAGCCCUUCUCAUUUGCUUGCCUUCCAAGAGAGCCAUCUCCAUGUCUACGAAUGGUCUACAUUGAGAAGAGUCGGCACGGAAAUCAGCAUUUCCUCUCUCAUACCUCAAUCACUACUACCGAAAGUCCACCACGCAUGGAUCAGCGGCACUGGUUCAGCCUACUUGGCCCAGGGGCUUCCUCAUUCACCCGAGCAGGCGAGUGGCAUCGUCGCAGUCGAGGCGUCCAAGAUCACAAGUACAACAGAUUUAAUCACGAGUCAAAGUUUACGCAUGACAUCUGCGCCAAUACAAUGCGUCAUCGGCUGCAUACGAUCGAGUCUCUUCUUCUUAGAUACGGCUGGAUGGGUCUGCUCUGUUAGCCUGAGACAUCUCGCAGAGGCAUCUCAUUUCACUCGACACUUCUUCAUUCCCUUGACAUGGCGUACGGGAACCGAUGUCGUGAUUAAGGUCGUUUCGAAGACCGCGGUAGCAUUUGGGAGAGGGGAACAGUUGAUCAUCUUUCACGGGUUUUUGGAGUUCGAGGAAAGGACUUUCGAGCUGUGCCGUUACAGCGCAGCAUACUCAUCUACCAAUAGGCAUUCUUCUCAUCACCUGACGUUCUCCAAUUGUGCCAAUCACUUCACAACCCUGUAA